CCGGGCUUCCGGCGUUGCCUCCAACAGAGCAAAAUUUAAGUCCGCAGAUCGACCUUCUUAUCUUGACCAGCUGAUAUAUUCUUCCCCUCCCAUCCUCCCUAACCACGCAGCCCAAUCAACAGCAGCCUCAGCCCUGAGCAGAGGAGGAGAACAACAUGGCAUCGUCGGAGCCGCAGCCGAAGCCGGCCAAGCCGCACGUCCUGCUCAUCCCCUACCCGGCGCAGGGCCACGUGAACCCGUUCCUGAAGCUGGCCAAGGCCCUGCACGCGCGCGGCUUCCACGUCACCUUCGUCCACACCGAGUACAACCACGGCCGCCUCCUCCGCGCGCGGGGCGCCGCCGCCUUCGACGCCGGCGACGAGGGCUUCCGGUUCGAGACCAUCCCGGACGGCCUCCCGCUCUCCGACCUCGACGCCACGCAGGACAUCUGGGCGCUCUGCGAGGCCACGCGCCGGACGGGCCCGGCCGCCGUCCGGGGGCUCGUCGAGCGGCUGAACCGCGCAGGCGACGCCCCGCCGGUGAGCUGCGUCGUCGCCGACGGCGCCAUGGGGUACGUGGUGCACGUCGCCAAGGAGAUGGGCCUGCCGGCGUACCUCUUCUUCACGCCCAGCGGCUGCGGGUUCCUGGCGUACCUCAACUUCGAUCAGCUCGUCAAGAGAGGCUACGUGCCUCUCAAAGACGAGAGCUGCUUCACCAACGGGUACCUCGACACCCCGGUGGACUGGAUCGCCGGCAUGCUGCCCGGCGCCCGUCUCCGCGACCUCCCGACGUUCAUCCGCACGACGGACCCCGACGACACGAUGCUCACCAUCAACAUCAAGCAGUGCGAGCUGGACUCCCCGGCCGCCGACGGCAUCCUCCUCAACACAUUCGACGACCUGGAGCGGCGGGCGCUGGGCGCCAUCCGCGCCCGCCUCCCCAACACCUUCACCGUGGGCCCGCUCGGUCCGGAGGUCGCGCCGCCGUCGUACCUGCCCUCCCUCACCUCCAGCCUGUGGCGGGGCGACGACAGGUGCGUAGCGUGGCUGGACGGCCACGCCGAGGCGGCGGGCUCCGUGGUGUACGUCAACUUCGGGAGCAUCACGGUGGUGACGGGCGAGCAGAUGGACGAGUUCGCGUGGGGGCUCGCCGCCGCGGGGAGCCCGUUCCUGUGGGUGGUCCGGCCGGACAUGGUGCGCGACGGCGGCGGGUGGGCGCUGCCGGAGGGGUUCGCGGAGGCGGUGGCCGGGCGCGGGCUCACGGUGGGGUGGUGCGACCAGGAGGCGGUGCUGGAGCACCCGGCCACGGGCGGGUUCCUGAGCCACUGCGGCUGGAACUCCACGCUGGAGAGCCUCCGCGCCGGGGUGCCGCUCCUGUGCUGGCCGUUCUUCUCGGAGCAGGUGACCAACUGCCGGUACGCGUGCGAGGAGUGGGGGGUUGGGUUGGAGAUGCCGCGCGAGGCGGGCCGCGAAGAGGUGGAGGCGGCCGUGAGGGAGCUGAUGGGCGCCGAGGGGAGGGGCGCGGCGGCGAGGAGGAAGGCCGCGGAGUGGAAGGAGAAGGCCAGGGCGGCCGUCGCGCCGGGCGGGUCGUCGUGCGCCAACUUGGAGAGGUUCGUCCAAGAGAUGGCGCUCGCCAAAUGCUGAAUCCGGCCGUGUGCUGUAAUUCCGCACGCACGUACGUGCGUGCGUGUGCCGGAUGGAUUAUCGGUGGAUGAUUGAUGUGAAACAUAAAAAUAAAACUGACGUUUGCCAUUUAAUCACUUCGUCAAAGCUUGAUCACCAUCA